UCUGCCCUCCCCAACAUGGCGGGCAGGCGGCGCGCCGAGCGCCGACCUCCCCAACAUGGCGGCCGCACCUCUCCCGCUGCCGUUGGCGGCCAGGUUGUGGCGCCCGCCCCGUCCCUCCCCGCCCGGUCCCUCCCCGCCGUGCCCGUGCCCGCGGCCGCGGGGCGAGGCCGCUCCGCACCUCAGCGCGAUGGGGCGGGCGAGCGGGCGGCUGCCCGCGGCGGCGCCGCUCUUCUACGGGGCGCUGGCGGCGCUGGCGCUGCUGGGGGUGCGCGACGUGCUCUUCCUCUACGAGGAGAACCGCUGCAGCAUGACCUACAUGUUCGAGUACCCCGAGUACCUGAAAAUAAAAUUACCGAAGAAAACAGCCAGGCGAUAUCCAGCAUACGAGCUCUAUCUCUACGGGGAGGGGAAUUAUGCUGAAGAAAACAAAAAUCUAGUAUUGACAGGAAUUCCAGUUCUCUUUCUUCCUGGGAAUGCUGGCAGUUACAAACAAGUGCGUUCUCUUGGAUCCAUUGCACUUAGAAAAGCAGAAGAUCUUGACUUCAAGUAUCAUUUUAACUUCUUCACCGUCAACUUCAAUGAGGAGUUGGUUGCACUGUAUGGUGGUACUCUCCAACGACAGACCAAAUUUGUGCAUGAAUGCAUAAAAGUUAUUCUUAAGUUGUACAGGGAUCGAGAAUUUGCACCAAGCAGUGUUGCAAUAGUAGGCCAUUCCAUGGGUGGUCUUGUUGCAAGAGCAUUGCUUACCCUGAAGAAUUUUAAGCCUGAACUUAUAAAUCUGCUCAUUACACAAGCUACACCUCAUGUUGCACCUGUAAUGCCUUUGGAUAAAUAUAUUACUGAUUUUUAUACAGCUGUAAGCAAUCAUUGGAUUCUAAACGCCCAAGAGUUAAGAAAUUUAACUACCCUUUCUGUGGCGGGAGGAUUCAGAGAUUACCAAGUUCGUUCAGGACUGGCUUUUCUACCAAGAUUGAGUCAACAAGACAGUGCCUUAUCUGUUGUGAGCUCGGCUGUGCCUAGAGCUUGGGCCUCAACAGACCAUCUCUCAAUAGUGUGGUGCAAAGAAUUGAUCCUGGCUACCAUUAGAGCUUUUUUUGAUCUCAUAGAUGAAAACACAAGGCAGAUAACUGAAGAUCCCAAGAAGAGAAUGUCUGUACUGAAUCACCACUUUGUGAGACACCCUGGAAAGAUAUUUGAGGAAAAUCCUGAAGCUUUUACAGAACUUACAGGAGAUUUCACGUGGAUUGAAGUCAAAACCUCAAAAUGGACUUACUCUGUUUACAACGAUUCAGAUGGAAAAUAUUUCGUGUUUCCUCUUGCAAGCCACAGAAAAUCAUACAGUCAUGUUUACUGUGAAAACAGUAUGUUGGACACAAGUAGCUGGAUUUAUGGCUGCAUGGACAGCAAUUCUUCAACAUGUCUGGAAGCUACUGAUUUAUCCUGGAGAGCUGAGUUACUUCCGACCAUCAGGGUUGUAAUACUGAAACUUCAGGAUUAUCCUUCUUUGUCCCACAUUGUCAUUCUUGUACCACCCACGGUUGGCAAUAAGUUUACUUUGGACUGUGAAUUCUUCAAAGAGGAUUCCAGAACAGUACAGCUUCCUGUAACGAAUCUUUUUUCCUUUGGCCUUUCCUCAAGCAAAGUUCUAUUAAAUUCCACUGGCUUACUUUACAACGUUCAACUCCAGCACUUUAACCAAGUAUAUCAAGCUUUCAGAAUAUAUAUAGAGAGCCACUGCCAGUCACCCAAUGAAAAAACUAGCGUUUACAGACUGCAUAUACCCUGGUCACAUGAAGACUCAGUAACUGUAGCUAAAGUUCCAUCUUCUAGUGAGAUUUCUGCAAAACUGCAUGUUGCUCAGCCUGGAAAUGACAGCAGGGUUCCAGUAUUAAACAUUUACUCUUCGUCAGACUGUCAGUAUGAAGUAAUUCUGAAGACAUCGUUUUUACAAAUUCUUGGGCAAAUAAUAAGGUUCCAUGCUGGCGCUCUUCCUGUCUAUGUUGUUUCUAAUAUCCUCCUUACCUAUGGAGGACAACUGAGCACACUGAUGUCAACAGGCCAGUGUUCAGAAUUUUCCCUUGAACUAAUUAGAACAGCUAAACCCUACAAAGUAGAACCUAUUAUAAGCAUUGUUGUGUUUCUGCAGGGGUUUAACUGGUUUAGAGAGAUAUGGGAUUCACUCUCGCUGCCAGAGGUGGAUGCUGCUGUACUGAGUAGUCAGGAUGUAUGGUUCCCCCUCGUGUCCCUGAUUCUGUUUCUUCUGGGGGCAGGCAUUGCCUACUGGAGUGCAGUAUUUUUCUCUGCAUCUCUGAGAGUCUUCUCUACAUUAUGGUUAAUUCUGAUUAGACCUACCGUGCUUCAGAAAGAUAACAAGUUGUUUACAUACAGAAGACUCUGUGUGAUGGGGUCUCUUGCUUUGGUUAGCUGGACCACUUGUGGUGCACUGGCUGUAUUCGUUAUCUAUCUUCAAUAUUUGUUUAAGGUAAUAAAACUACAUGUGAAUGUAGGAGCAGAAAAAAACAUGCUAAAUGGGGACCCAGACUGCUCAAAAGAAACUUCACAGAACUCCAGUAGACAUACGGUGAAAAGCCGAAGUUUGAGAGACUUAACUUCAGAACCAACACAAUCUCACUCCAAUAGUACGACAAUUGCUGAAACUGUUAACAGUCUUAAGAUCCAUCUUACAAUUCUCUAUUUAUUCACAUGGAUUGUGCUGCUGAACCUGCCAUCUUUAGUUUACUGGUUUAAAAAUCUCAGGUACAAUGUUAGGCUCGAUCCUGAUCCUUGUAGAUCUACAGCUAUUAUCCUUGUAUGCAUUUUAGAAAUUCUCAUGAAUUCAACUACUUCUGAAGUGAAAUCAAGUAAACUCUUGAAGAUUGCAGCCAAAGUUCCACUCCCUUUGUCUGUUGCAAUGUUGGCUUUUGGACGAAUGCAUUUAUACAAAGUACCCCACUUUGUAACUUUUUCUCUUCUUCUACAUGUACUAUGUUGUCUUGUGUAACAUUGGUUAUACAUAAGAAGAAUAUUGCAGCCUAGAAGUAAUUCUGGAAAGGGGGUAAAUUUCAACAAAGAAAUGCCUUGAUUAACAUGGUAAUUUGGAUUAUUUGGGAAAGAUGACAGAACCACAAAUACUUUAUAAAAAGUUUAUAGUUCUGUUCGUGUUGCUUAGAAAGCUUCUCAUGGUGUUUACUUCCUGACUGUGAAAAUUAAGUGAAUUAACAAUGUGUGUGUGUGUGUAAGCACAUAAAUCUUAUUAGUAUAACAUCAAUACUGUUUGCCUUGCAGACACUUUGAUAUUUCACUAUACUUCUUUGUUUAAACAGACUUUUUUUACUCAGUAUGCUGUGCAAUGCAUAUGUUCUAAACUUGCGUAUCUUGCAGGUCUAAAGUAUGCUGGUUAAAACUGAAUAAAUUUCAAGCACACUGUGACUAUCACAAAAACUACACAGCCAAGUAUAGUUUUAAUCAUUUUAUGCUGAUUUAAAAGCUGUCACAGUUGUGUCUAGACAAACUGGAAUGUACUGCUUUUAUAGAACUGCUAUUUCUAUCAAAGUAUUUGUUCAGUCGCUGUUGAACAUUUGUGAGAUUAUUGAAAGUCUUACACAUUUUACUUUUUGUGAGAGUAAAAAAACAACAAUACUCUGUGUAGCUUUCUAUUCAGGAAAGAUGUCAGCAGAUUCAUAAACAAUUUGCUCUAAUGUUGUUUUAAAACAUUGCCAAUUUUUUGUCCAUACGUAGAAGCUAGCAAACAGUGAGGUAUAGUGUGAGUUUACAGCACAGUUGCUAUAUUGCACUGUUUACAGGUAGGCAAGGCAUUUUUUUUCCUAUCAUAAAUGGAGAAUCAGUCAUGUUCUAGUAAAUGUCCAUACAGUAAAUUAAUAUGGAAUAGUUAAGUUACAACAACGUAAAUUCAGUGCCUUGCCAUGCUGUGCUAACUUCCUCAUGUGGACUCCUGGUACUAGUGGCAAAUACUGACCAUAAUUAUUAGCUCUGCGUAAAGUAUUAUCGUUGUGCCUAGAUGCUACAGUGACUGCCAUUUAUAACAACGCCUAAAAUAGCUGUGUGUAAGAAAUUCCAUCUCCUGGGUACGUGUUUUGCCUACAGAAGAAAUCACACUAACCAUUAGGUUAAAAUGAGGUAUUGAUUCUGUGUAGAGAUGAGCACUUGCUUCUGUGUCAGCUGUCUCCACUAUCUGAGAUAUCUGUCAUUCUCAUAUGGAAAUAUUAUACCAGCUUAAUUACUUUAUAUGGAUAAUACCAGGAAAUCUGCUACCUACUGUCAAUUGAGUGUAUUCUUAAUAUAGCCGUAGAUCCUGACACAUUGAUUUUAUUGUAUCUUGUUAUUCUUGCCUAAAGUGCCUCAGUUACUUCUAGCUUGUUCUUAGGGUCAGUUCAUUUGAGCCGGCUGGAAAGACUUAUUAAUUCACACAGACUUUCCACAAUGAACUUGUUUGGUCACCUUAUAAAUAAGUCAGCAGUUCAAGUUAUCGGUAAGUCAUUAAAAGCUGCUUUAACUGAAAAGGUUAUUAGUAGCUAAUCAAACCACUGUCACUGGUGUCAGUAAUUGCUGUGCUGGUCUUCCAGUCUUAACAUUUUAAUCAAAAGGUUAGAUUAUGCGUAGUGUUUGUAAAUCAGAAAAGUUAACUCAAUAUAUUAUAUCCUGAUACUAUCUAACCAAAUACAUGCUACAGUAUAUGUAUAAAUGAUAAUUUGUUGGUAUAUACUUGUAGCUUGAUUUAACCUAAAAAUUACUGUUCAGACAUAGAAGAAUAGAGUAGUUUUUGUACUUUCAAGUGGCUGUGGGUGAAAGACAAUGACAGAACCUGCACUGGGGCUGGUAAAAGGCUGUCGUGAAAUGUGCAAGAUGGAUUUCAGUGGAAGAUCAUUUCCUUGAUCUUCAUGAUUGGUUUGGCUUACUAAUGUAUUUACUGUAUUUUACUUCUGAUUUUAGUUUUCCAUCUUAAUCAGAUCUUCAUGCACAAGCUCAUUUUUUGGAGCUGUUGGUGGAAUAAAAUAAUAGAAUAAGGAGAGGAAACAGUCUCAGCAUGUAGCAACUUUGAUAGCUUACAAAAUCGAACAGAGAAACAUACUGAAUUACAGCAGCAUAGAAUAGCACCAAAUUUUUCAUUUAAUGGUAUUUUUUAAGCUGUGAAUUUUGUUGAUGUUGUUAAGACUCCUCAUGAAUGAGUUACAGAAUUUUGGGUAGUGAUUUUCAAGGUGGAGGCAGGAAAAGAAAAAUGUAAUCCUUAGUCUGAGAUUCCAGACUUUAUCACUUCUCUGUUAAUGCUCCUUUUUCCAGAGGCUACUUAUAUUCAGAGGGGGAAGUAGGGGAAGUCUUAUCUGCUAGUUUGGAUUUUGUGUUCUUUGUCUGUCACUUGCUUGAUAAAAACUGUGCUCUCAGAGAUGUGCAUCUGGAUUUUGCAGUGAUUGUGGACUGUCUAACUAGCUGUUCAAGAGAUCAGGUUUCUAAUCACAGUUAGAUUCCAUGUAUAAUCAUUGAAGGUACUAAGACAAGUUCAGAGGACAAUUCAUCCCGUUCUAAGAGAGGAUGAAUGAAAAGAUUUUAUAAACAUCUAAAAUUGUUUUUAAGGUAAAUACUAUGAUCUUCCUUUUAGAGAGAAGGCUUCUGUUCUGCAAAUUUCUAGUUCUGCCACAUCCACCUUUACAAUCUGAGCAGAAAUGUAGUCUAACCCACUGAAAGGAUUUUUAAUUGACUGCACGAGGAAGUGUAGGUAUUACCGAAAUAGCCUUUAUCUGAGGAGGCUGUGGUUAUAAAACAAUUUUUGGGAAACAUAUUGGAAUGUCUCUUAAUACAUUUAAAUCAAAAUUUCUGUUUAUUCUUCAAACUUUAUCUAGACUAUGGGAGAAGGCACAAACUGGUCUGUGAUAGAUUAGAACUCUGCUCCCUAAGGGAAGAUUCCUGCUGACAUGCAGACUCCAAAUUUGUUGUUCUGUUCCUUUUCAGAAAUUGAGGUAUUAAUUUCACAAAACCACUGUACUUUAUCCAUGUGGAUGUUCAGCAUGUUAAGAUGGAGAUUAUGGUGUGUAAAACAAGCAAUUUUUGGCUUGUACCUCAGGAUGCAUUCAAAAGAAAAGUUUUUGUGGCUUGUAUGUUUUUAUAAGCUAUCAGAGCAGGAGUUAAAACAAAAAAACAAACAACACAACAGCUACAAACACACAGAAGAACAACAAAAAACACCACCACCACCACAGGAGAUGAACCUAGGCUACCAAAUGUCACUAAUUGUAUAGCAAAGUUUUUUGUUGUUGUUUUUUGUUUUGUUUUGUUUUGUUUUUGGGGGGGGGUAGGGGAGAGACUUAAUGAGAAUCUUUUAGUGAGAUCCCCAUAACUUGAAUUCCUCAUGAAGUCUAAUCUUUUUUGGUUGAUGUAAUCAAACGUGGAUUUUCUUCACGGUCUUGUGACUCUGCAAUAAUAGUAGCUACACCUGUAGCUAUUAGAUCAUAAAAGGUCUAUAUUUGUAUGGUAUAGAAAAAGUGUUACCGCUUAACUGGAAUUACCAAAGGUGAUAUUUUCAGUUUCAUUUAAACGGUAGUUGCAGUAUGUCAUAUUUUUGCAUCAUGUGAAAUGUCUGAUAGUUCUUUUUUGUUUAGUAACUGGAAUUCCAUUUAAUUUUAUUUGUAAAACUUGGAGUUCUGCUCUGAUUUCUUUUGAGUGCGACGAUACAUAUAGCAAUUUAUUGCUAAGUAUUCAUUUGCAAAGAUUUAAAAAAAAAAAAAACAAACACACACACAUACACCAAAACAAACAAACCUGAACAGUGUAAUUGUAACAUAUUGCAGAAGGAAUGGAGACUGCCUGUGAGUGAGUUUUUCAACUGUGUUGAAAGUCACCCUAAUGGGCUACCUUUAAAGAGUCAUGCUUUAGCGAGUAAACAAAACAAUGCAUUGAUACUUAAAACAAGCAAAAAGGAUUGUGUUGGUUGGUAUUUGAUAUGAAGUCGAAUUCUCCAUCUAUUUUCCAGUAACAAGUUUAUAAACUUGUCACCUGGCUUUUUUUCCUGAAAUUUGAUAUAUCUAUUUCUGUGCUUGACAGAACGGAAAAUUGAAGUUAAAAAAUAAAGUUAAUUAUGUGCCCGUGCAUAAAUUUAAACACUUACGAAGCCUUUUUGAUCAAUCUGAUAAAGUUUAGUUCAAUCCAGUAAUAAGCACUGUGAUAAACAUACAAAAACGUAAAACAAACAUUUUCUGGUUUGUAUCUCAGGAUGCAUUCAAAGUAAGAUUUACAUGUCUCAUGUGUUUUUAUGAGCUAUCAGAAGGGGAAUUUUUUAAAAAAAAAAAGGCAACAAAGGACAAGAACCUAGAGUACUGAAUGUCAGUAAUUGUACAGAAGACAAGACAGAAGUCUUCUUUAUACUGCAGAAAUAGAGCAGCUAUUUAAAGGCUGUCAAUACUUAGAGCUACUGAAAAUAUUUUUGGAGGUGGUUAUGGUGUCUGUUCAUUAACUGUGCUGCUGUUUUAAGUCACUAAGCCACUACAAAAUUGUUAGCUGUAGAACAGACUGAAUUCUUACUGUUUCUUUUAUAUUUCAUUGUGAAUGUUAGUCACUUAGUUUUCAGGUUUGACUUUUUACAUCUCUUUUUUUGGAAGAUAAUCAAACUGGCUUUUACAAGCACUUAGCACUGUACUGUGAAUUGUUUUAAAACUUUCAUCGCCAUUCCUUUAGCAGAAACAUACUUCUGUCCCUAAAGCUAUGUGCUGCUCUUAUAUACCUCUGGAAAUGUUUGCCAGGGAAUGACAAUUGAAGAAAAAAAAAAGUAUUUAUGUUAAAGUAAAAUACUUUUUCUACCUUUCCUUAGAGCUAGAACUUCCAGCUAGUAUUCAUAGUACAAUCCAUUAAGUAUUUAAAAAGCUUGUAUGAAAAACCUAUAUUUUGAUGCAUUUUCAUAUUUACGGAAGAAUGUAUUCAAAACUUCUAAUCAGGUCAGUUAUCUUUAUCUAAAAGACUAAAAUGUAUACAUUUCAUCUUGUUACUAAACAUUACUGCUUUUUAAAAUAAAUAUAAGAAUUUAGGGAGAAAAUUCUAUAGCUUUUACUGAAGUAAAUCUGCCCACCACUUUAAUUCUUCAGGUAUCUCAGCAUAUAACUGUCUCAAAUAUGUGCUUACUGUGUUGAGUACGGAAACCAGUCACACUUGUGAUAUUUUGACCUUAAUUUGGUUUAAUAUUUAGGGUCUCAUUCUGUAUUCUUACAUGCAAGUUGCAGUUUUUGCAACUCAUAUAUUCAUGAAUAAAUCUUGUAAACAUAUACUCUCUGCAGUUAAUGAUGGGUUUUGGUCUGAAUUCUGUAGGACGCGUGUAGUAUCAGACCUGAUCUUGUGUCUAUAAAAUCCAGGAAUGGCACACAGACCUGUUAUUCUGCAGCACAUCAUUCCAGUUCUUGCUUCCACACAUGGCUAUCCUUGCUGUGCAGUAUCCUUCUGCUGUAGCACAAAAUUUAGGCUUCACAGUAACAGAAGGCACUGCAAAUGACAUAGUGAAGAUACAGAGCGUCUGUCCCUGUUGUUUUAUUAAGUUGUGCGUGUUUGUUGAAAUACCAGCAAAGAGUUAUUUUUCCUCCAACUGCAUAAAUGCUUUCGAGGCAUAUGUCAAGCAUGCAAGUGUUUUGAUGUUUAGCUUUUUUAAAUGCUAAAUGCACUAUUCUGGGAUCGACUCAGGCUUCCGUAUUUUCCAUUUGUGUCGCUUUGAGUGUGAACACAGUAUUAGAGACUUCAGUACAUAACAACUGAAAUAUUUUACAGAAGUCUACAAAAGUAGACGUGACAUAUAUAAUUAGAGUGCCAGAUCAAAAUUGAAAUGUGAAAUUUCUCACUGUGACUCGAAACUUGUAGCUUUCUAAAGCAAAACAAACAAACAUACCCUGUGCCUUAAAGCAGCAAAUUAAUACACUUUAGCCUAUAGACUUCUGUAGCCUUUUUUCAUUUUUGAAACCAACCAAAAAUAUUUGUGUGGAUCAUACUGAAACUUGAUUUGGGGAGAAUAUUUUUUGACCCCUCCUCCCUUUUUACUGCAUUUGCAGGAGAUUAAGAUUUAUGUGAAGUAUGGUGUACUUGUGGUUUGGAAUCAUCACUUGAAGUCAGAAAGCUUUAGUGACUUACUUCUCAAAUAUGCCUAUUAUGACAAAAAGGAAAAUAGGGAAGAAAAAAUAGUCUCAGAUGUGGCUUGUCUUCUGUAUGUCUAAGUAUUCUAAUUUUUUGUUUAGUUUCUUCAAAACUGUAGCUCAAGCAAAAUAUUUAAGACAUUGAAUAUCAGUAUCUACACCAGUGUGAGAGGAAAAAGUGGUUUGGGUGUAGUGUGGGGGUUGUUUGCUUUUAAGCUCCAGCAGUUUGAGUACAUGAUUUCAAGUUUUAGGGAAAAUAUUCAUAUAUAAAAGCCUGAAAAGAUUGAAAAAAAAAAUAGGUGUCUGCAUUCUGUUCUUCUCAGAAACAGAAAUAUUCAAGAUCCCAAAAUCCUGCUUUGAUGUAGUAAAUACAGAUGUAUAAAUAUAAAGUAUAUAUUUUUAAUAUGAAGACCUUAGGAAAGCCACUUCUCGACCUCUGUUUUUUUCUUUGUUCUCUCUAUAGAAUUGUUUGUUUUGAACAAAGCCCCCCAAAUUCUGAGUCUGUUGUUUUUCAGUAGUACUAAGUAAGACUGAUUCUUGAUUAGAGAUGCCGUAUCUCAAAGACUGUCAUUGGACUGUGGAUAUUUCAAAAUGCACACACAAUGACUUCAUGUCAGGUGAAACAAUCACUGUUUGCAGCAAUACAAGUAGGAGUUACUAACUUUCUUUUGUGGACAUCUGAAUCUGGCUGUCGUAAUCCUGAUUUUAGUGUGGAACAACAGAAACCACGCAAUUUUUGUGUCUUCUUUGCUACUUCCUUCCAUAUGUGAGUUUAGGACUUUUAAAACUCUUGAUCCAAUUGCCUAACUUGAUCUUUGUUCUGUGCUGAUGAUAUUUCAGUAAUCCUAGUCAUUGUUGACAUCCUGGCUACAGGAACACUAGUACGAAAAUCAUGGAGAGGGCAGAACUACUUUUAAGACUUUAUUUACGAUGGUGAAUCUAGAAAAAUUAUGCAGGCCUAGUAAUCCAAAGCAAAAGACAGCAUAAUAUUGGGUAAAACACCCUAUUUAGCUGAUGGGUAUUGCAGUUGUCUAUUUCUUUUUGCUAGGAGGGCUUUAUAUUACUGAAAGACACACACAUAACUUUUGGAGAUAUCUAUUGGUUAACGAACAGCCUCACUUUUAACUCUUCCUCUAUUUAGAGUUCUUAUAUAACUAGUAUAAACCUCGUGUUUUAGGUGGAGCUAACUCUAACUGCUAAAGGUUUCUGGAGAUGUUGGCAGAUUCUUAUCAGUAAGUGGUUGAAUAAUGCUAUAAAAAAUUAUUGUGCUUUUUAAAACAGUUAUAACUGAAUUCUUGGUUCUCUACAGCGCUCACAAUGUAAUAAGCUUCAGCAAGUAUUUGUCUUGAGAUGCUGAGAAAACGUUGGAGAAUACGUAUCUUCAGCUAAUGUUUAAAUUACUGAAAGUUGAAAUCUCAGUUGUUCAAAGCUGCUUUUUAGAUACCAUUCCUUUUUUGUUGUUGUUGAAGUUGAAGACAACUUGAAUGGGAGCUAUGCUGGUACUUUAAUGUUUUGUUUGAUGGUUUCCCUGUCUGUAGUGUGUAUAAAACAUGUCUUUUUUGUCCUUUUUUUUUUUUUUUUUUUUUUACUAAAGUGUACAUGACUUAAAGUACACUGUAUAGCAUAUGUUCUGUUAGAUAAACACUUCUGUAUAUUUUUGUAUGGUGUUCUAACGUGGGUGCAUUAGUAUAAACAGUUGUAAUUCACAGAAAGUGCCACUUAACAAUCAUACUCUGUAGAGGUUUGUGAAUGUUACCUGUACUUUCAUUGCACAGACACGCUAAUGAGUGUUGUGGUGAAUAUUUGCCUUUAGUCUUUGCUCAGGUACUGAUGUGGAGCAGUUUGGUGCUUUUCCUUCCAACUUGUAAUACUUGGGAUUCUAAGCAGAGAAUAAAAACAAUGAACAAAA